UUCACUGUGUUUCUUAAUUUUCGCGUGCGAUGCGAUCCAAAAAGACAGAUACUAGUUAAUCUAACCUUCGUUUUAUAUGUCGAGCUCUUAAUGGAAAAGCCCCAGACAUAAAUUUCUGGCUUCGCAGCAACCGUCUUCCUGGUGACAAGUGUUAUCGUCGAGGAAUUACCUACGGUGCUGUCAUACGAUAUACAGUGAUCGGCGUCUAAAACAGGAUCUUGUACUUUUUCAUUGCAUAUCAAUGCACAAGUAUCAAUUUGCCGCUCGUAAUCAGAUCUGUUGUAGUUCUAUCUGAUUUUUCUGGACUGUAUGCGUUUUUCCGAGUGCUGCGAUCCGUUGGCGCUACGUUGCAAAAUUGCACACAACAAAAGUCAGGCCUCCAACGUGGUCAAUGCCUCCCCUCUACCACUCGUACUUAUUUCACUGUCUGCGCUUUCACUAGUUUUUGCGCUACUGCUUCCGAAACAUACAGCAGAGGAUCCGGCGAUGUGCUGCUGUCCAUUAAGGGCACGGGCAAGCUCUUCAGGCGUGGUGUGGAAGAGUUCCACGUAUCUGGUUCCGAGCAUGGAUCGGUCCUUACUUUGUUGGGCAGAACGGGCAUCUUCCACACUUGAGAAUGAGACGAAGGCCUCACCCGUCAAGCGGCCAUCCGCGCGCAAGAUGAGUUGGAUGUCGUCCGAAAGCACGGUGAAACCU